GAAGAUGAAUCGAAAAUUUGAUGGUUAUGUUCGUGUUGAGGUUGAAGUCUAUCGAAAUUUAAACGAAAUGGCCAAAUAUAUAGCACAACUCAUAAUUGCUGGAUCGCAGGUAGUUGGGAGAGCUUUUGCACGAGCUAUUAAACAGGAAAUUGAAGCCUCACAGCAAGCUGCUCAGAGGUUGGGCAAUACUAAAACUAGAAGUGAGAGAAUUGCAAAUCAAAAAUUGGGACUAUCACUGGAAGAAGCUAAACAAAUUCUGAAUGUAAAAAAUCUUUCUAAAGAAGAAAUUGAAGAGAGAUAUCAUAGUUUGUUCAAAGCUAAUGAAAAAACAUCUUUAUAUCUUCAAUCAAAAAUUGUUAGAGCUAAAGAAAGAUUGGAUCAUGAAUUAGUGACUUCAGAAUCAAGCAAAAGUGAAAAAUUAAGAGAUGAAGAAACUGUUGGUAAAACAUGAAUGGUGCAUUAUUGCUAUAUUGAUUUUGACUUAGCCUGUUUUAUUUUAAUUAGU